AUGGCCCUUGAGCCUGGCUCUGGCCGUCGGUCUGUCUCUCCAGAGAGCUCAGGCCGCGAGUCUCCUCUUCCUCGUCAAUGGAGGAACCAACUCGGAGCUGAGGAAGCACCGAUCAAGGACAAGCAUUACCGCAAAUACGCCUCCGGUGUUGAGAGGGCCCUUACUCUGUUUGAAACGGCCCUACAGGAAUGGGCUGACUACAUCUCCUUUCUGAACCGCCUCCUCAAGGCAAGACCCCUUUUCGUGAUGGCGAACCGAUUAUUCAAACGACGGAAGACUAAUCGUAAUCAUCAGGCACUGCAAGCUCGACACCCCUCGGUCACGACUAUCCCUUCGAAAGCCAUCGUCGCGAAACGCCUGUCGCAAUGUCUCAACCCCUCCCUCCCGUCCGGCGUGCACCAAAAAGCACUCGAAGUCUACAGCUACAUAUUCGCAACAAUAGGCACCGAUGGACUAUCCAAGGAUUUACCCUUGUACUUCCCAGGCCUGGCGUCGACUCUUUCGUUUGCCUCUCUGUCUGUCCGAUCCCCCUUUCUCGACAUUCUUGAACGCCACUUUCUAGACAUAGACCCCCGAUCUCUUCGACCAGCCAUGAAAUCCGUUGUUCUGGCUCUUUUACCUGGCCUCGAGGACGAGACUAGCGAGGACUUCGAACGAACGUUGCGAUUGAUGGAGAGCUUCAAGACCGCGAUCCGACCCGCAGGCAGCGACGAACUGGAUGGUCCACAUUCAUCAGGAGAUGACUUCUUCUGGCAAUGCUUCUUCUUGGCCUCUAUCACAGGGUCAAGUCGGAGAGCUGGGGCGUUAGCAUACCUUGUGAGGAACCUGCCUAAAUUAGGCGAAACCUCUUUACCAGGGAAGCCGGGCAAGAAUGGCGUCCAAGAAGACGAGCAUUCGGCAAAACUCGCACAAAUGGUUACCUCUCCAGAACCUGGAUUGCUCCUACGUUGCUUUGCUGCGGGACUUGCAGACGAGCAACUCCUGAUCCAGCGAGGAUUCCUAGACCUAUUGGUCACCCACCUUCCCUUGCACUCCAAGGUGUUGCAGACGAAUGUCAAACCAGGUGACUUGGAGCUACUUCUGCGUGCGGCAGCUGGUGUUGUCAUUAGAAGAGAUAUGAGUCUCAACCGGAGGCUCUGGGCAUGGUUCCUUGGUCCGGACCCUGGGCCCGGCGAAAGUGAGAGCGGUAUCGAAUCCCCAUCUUCCACGGACCAUCACAACUCCUACUUUGCGUCCAAGACGAGUUACUUUGAAGAUCAUGGGCUUCAGCCUUUAACCAGAGCGCUGUUAAGCAUGAUCAAUGUUGACCGCGAUUCGAGCCCGGCAGAGAGAGCGAGACCUUACAGAAUAUGCUUGUCGCUCAUGGAUCGAUGGGAAAUCGGCGGGCUGGUAGUUCCCGAGGUUUUCCUUCCGAUUGUCAAUAGCGUUCGGCAGUACAGGGACCAUGCACCCAGCAAAGCUGACUUCAACGAAGUGUUCCGCAGCGCCAGCGUGUUCUUUGAUGGUGUCGAGAGUGGUUUGAUUUACGGCGAGAUUGUGAGUCUCUUAGCACAGGCUAUAGGACCAGGAAACCUUGCAGAAAAAGAACGGCUCGACAAGUUGGAUUUGAUCAAUUUCAUCCUGGCAAAUUUCAAUGUCCGCGAGGAAGAGAUGAUUACCAUUCAUGCGCCCCUUACAGCUCUUUCGAUUAUCUGCAUGCUAGAGGACACGCGAGAAAGACAGCAGAACUCUCCCAAGAAGUCAUCGCAAAAGACUGCCGAUGAGGCAUUGCACAUCGCUCUAGCUGUGUUGGACCUCAUUCCGGAUCGGGUCUUCCCGUCUUCAGAUGGCAGCAAAUCCAAGAGGACAAUGGAGGCCGAUGUUCUGGCCUCACUUCCUGCUGUCGAACUUUUGAAACGGAUCAAGGCAUUCUAUGUCGACGAACAAGGGAAUCUCGAUGCCGUUCACGUUCCCCUCUCGCCUAUUGAGGUCGGAGAGUUGCUGUUGCAAAAGUCUGGCUUGCUGGUCUGCGAAGGAUUGGAGAACCCCGAGGCAGGGUCCGAACUAGGCGCCAAAGGCAGGAUUUUGACCGCUCUACUACUCAAAGUGCCGACUACGUACCAGCUUGACACGACGUCCCUCCUCUCUUGUCUUCACGAGCGUUUGAAUCAUACGAGCACAUUGUCUUUCACCUCCUUCAACUCGAUUCUGUACCUCUCCGCCCAUCUUUACUCUGCAGAGCGCAUAGAGGUGCCAAAUCUGACCGAACUCGUCACACCACUUGUUAAACAAGCUUGGGAGUUUCUGUCGGCGUCAGAACCAAAAUACCACGUCGAGACCGUCAGAUCACUGUGGCAGCUUCAGACUGCUCUUACAUCACAAAAUCGAGAUAUAGAAGCCGCCUUGGCCAGCCUCAUUAUCGAGAAUGACAUUCAGGGGUCCUUCGCAUCACGUCCCGCGGAUGCCGGCCGCAGGUUCAGCGUGCUUUGGUCUCAUACAUUACAGGAUUCCAGUGCUGAAAGGCGAGGUUCGAAAACUCCCAUGACUGAGAAGCCUCCACAGAUCCGGCUGGCUGGGUCAGAGAACUACGAUGUCAUGUUGACGCGACCUCUAUUCCUCAUGCUCGAUGCCCUCUUGGAUGAACGAACCCAAUUGUUCAUGACUGUCAAGGGUUGGCUGAAUAGCUUGGUCGGUAUCGAUAAACUCUUCUUGCUUUUCGUUAGGAAGUUCUCUGCAUUGGAGUUCCUUAGAGCGAGCCACAAAAUUGGAGCGGCGUCAACUUCGACCAAUUCAACGACUUUCACGGCUGAAGACGAUCUGGACCUUUGCCUUUACUACCUGAGAACGCUGUCGAAUGUUUUCCGCUGGGCCCCAGACGUGAUUUGGGCUGUUUUAGCCUCUACAACGAUCACUGUGGAUGGCGGGCAUCCAGAUGUCGCGCAGAUGAACGAAAACAUCCGAGUCCGAGCAACUCAACUUCAUCGCUAUGCCUUAACCGUCAUGCACCAAAUUCUCCUAAAUCCCUAUGCGGAGCCCCUAGGAAGUCUCCAUCUCGAGAAUGUUCUCAUCGAGCGCCUUCUCCAAUCGCUCGCUGGACCCGACCCCUAUGUUCAGGUUCUUCUUCUGGACGUCGUGUUCGAUGCACUGAAACUCCGAGACAUCAUCAUCUCCGAUGUACCUGCUUCUCCGUCAUCGGAGAAGAGAAAGAUGAGUCUUGAACCGAGCAAGAGCCUGAGAGUAUCGACACAGUCCGAGACCAAGCCAACAUCACCGCCUCCCAACUUACUCAAGUGUCUCCAGGCUGGCUUAAGCUCUCCCAGCAGUCGGAGUGUUCUCGACAGCUGGGUCAGCUUCUUGACGGAAUGCUUACCGUUCUACUCCGAUACUAUCUUCCAGGUUCUCAUUCCUCUUGUGGAGACUUUGUGUAGACAAGUCUCCAACACCUUCAGUGACUUACAAUCCAUAUUCCGAGACAAUGGUACUUCAAAGAAGGAUGAUCGGAAUGCACCCGAGUCUACACUGAUCUCGCUUCUCAACGCAUUGGAGCAAGUACUGGCCCGGGCACACGAGCGACUUCUGAUUGAAGAGGCCAGAACGCAAGUUGUCAAGGGUCCGGAUCAGCAGCCAUCGGGAUUCUUUGGCACCAUGGUAUCCGGUGUCUUCACCUCGGAUGCCCCACAAGCGCGAAGUGCCACCGCAAACGAUAGACUCACGGUGCACCUUGCAUUUGCAGAUGCUGUUCGCAUUUGCUUCACUAUUUGGUCCUGGGGCCAAGGCGGCGAUAUCAAUGCUCAGGACUUGACAUCUGUUUCGUCUUUCAACUACACAUCUCUUCGAAUGAGAAACCGGGCGAGACGACUGCUAGAGCACCUUUUCGCAGCAGAGACCUUGGAGUGUCUCGAGACAGUGAUCGAAAUCUGGCGGGGCUCUAUCAAUAUUACGACACCUAUACCCCAGUCAGAAGUAUUCAACCUCUUACCAGCAUUAGAUGGUUCACGACCAAAGCACACCAUCCCUGCCAUAUUCAACGCUAUCUACAGUAGAACGAACCCUGGGGCAUUGGACGCUUCAAGGAAAUCAACGUUGACAACAUCUCUCCAAGACAUUGACCUCGUCACAUUCCUGGUUGAAUAUGCCCGCUCGCUGGAGGACGACGCAAUGGACGAGAUCUGGCUUGACUGCAUGGCGUUCCUGCGUGAUCUGCUCACAAACCCUUUCCCACAUAGACAGACGCUACCAAGUCUGUUGGAGUUCGCGGCUAUCCUAGGCGAAAAGGUUGACAACACCAAUUUCGGGGAGCAGCGGAAGAUGAGACGCGAGCUUGGGGAUCUGUUCCUCCGACUACUAACGGCGAUUUUCACAACCAAGCCCCUGACGUUCUCAGAUACGGCACCAAACGACAAGUCGGAAAAGAACCGUGAUGGUGUUCGCCGCGCCCCCACGAUUGCCCUGGUCAGCGUCCUCGAUAGAGCCGAAGAUGUAGUCGCAAUCUUGGCAUCAAUCGUGCCGAACCUUCCCAAGAUCCUAGUCGAGACGGACCGUGUGCUGUCCGCAGCCGGUACAAUUUCAACAAACGUCAUCAAUCCAGCCUUUAGAGCAAAGGCAUUCCCUGAUACUGUGUCCAAGAACACACUAGUCUUACUACAAGAACUGUCCAGGCUGCCCAAUAACCAAAAGACGUGGAAGAAGGAUGUUGGGGACGCGUUCAACGAUGCCCGGUUCUUCAGCUCGAGCAUUGAGCUCGUCCGAAGCGACUGGUUGCCGUUGCUUAGACAAUGGACCGUCAGUGACAAGGAACGUAUGCCUGAGCUUCUGGCCCGCAUGACUCCGCCCACCACGGCCGGUAUCGUUUUUGGUGUUGGUGCCACUUCUGCUCGAUUGGAGGCAGAUCGGAGAACGCAGCUCAACCUUCGUCGCACUGCAUCACUAGUCCUCGCAGCUACAGAGGACGCAUUCGUCACAGAGCUUCCCAUCAUCACUGACAAAGUAGUGGAACUUCUUGGCGCCACGGCGACGUCUUCACCUUCCUCUACAACGAGGGCGGAGAUCUUCAUGCUUGUCCGCGCACUUGUAUUGAAGACCAGUGCUAUCCACCUAGCUAUGCUGUGGCCGAUUAUCAACGCCGAACUUCAUGCAGCCAUCGCCUCUGUCGUGGCUGCCGAUCACAGCACCGCAUCUGAUACCUACAACAACAUCUCUAUCCUACAAGCUUGCAAGUUGCUAGAUCUGCUCAUUUGCGUUGCGCCGGAUGACUUCCAGCUUCAUGAGUGGCUCUUCGUCACGGACACCAUCGACGCUGUGUAUCGGUCUAGCAACUACCAACCUGUUGCACUUGUCGACGAGCUUGCAGAGGAGCUUGGCACUAUGGGUGUCAGCUCUUCAUUGGGUAGCAAUCCGGCGGCGCACUUGGCCACAAGCAGCUCCCACAGACGACCACUGCUUGGACCUGGCGGCAUCAAUGACGAAGUCAGCAUUGAUAGAAAGGACGAGCUCGUUGGCAAGAUCCUGCGGCCGUUCUUUGGACAGCUCAGUAUCUACGCUUUCGAGUCGACGUACGCGAUGGCACCACUAGACCGGGAGUUUUGUGUUCAGGGGUUAUUGAAGGAUUUGUUCGAUGAACGUAGCGUUGUCAAGGCGUUGUAG